AGUACGUACCUCAUGAAAUGAAAACUUAUUCAAGCUUCUUUCCUACUCGUGCACCCAACAUGUUCACGAUGCUUCAGCCUCCGCGUGGACUUCUUCAGUUUUGCCGAGUUAUGGUGGUCGUGAUCACUCUUUUCAGUUCUGCUACUUUGGUUGUCUCAUAUCAGUUACAUCCAGACGAAGUGACGGCGUUAAAACAAAUUGGCAAGACAGUACUGACGCAGGGUGGGCAACCCUUGGAGUUGGGCGAUGCUUGCAUCCAAGAUUCAGAAGCCAAUAGCACCACCCUAUGCAAUUGCACCCUCAACCUCAAUAAUGAUAGUUAUUGUCAUAUCACGUCAUUAUCUCUCAAAACGCUCAGUCUUCAAGGCAAGCUCCCAUUUGAAACGGUCAACCUUACAUAUCUCAAAUAUCUUGACCUAACUCGCAACUACAUUUCUGGCAAUAUUCCUGAGGAAUGGGCUUCAAUGAAACAUUUGACAUACCUCUCACUUACAUCCAAUCACUUGUCAGGAAAUAUUCCUUGGUACUUGGGAAGUUUUCGUAGCCUGACUUACUUGUCCCUUGAAGCAAAUCAGUUUUCUGGUACUAUUCCUUAUCAGCUUGGUGAUCUUGUCAACUUAACAGACCUGAUACUUUCCUCCAAUCAGUUGGAGGGAACCUUGCCAAAAACUCUCGCUAAGCUAAACUUGACUAAUUUUCGUGCAAGUGAUAAUAAUCUUAGUGGCAGAAUACCUGAUUUCAUUGGGAACUGGACUAAUCUUAAUAGACUUGAAUUAUACGCAAGUGGACUACAAGGGCGCAUACCUACUGCCAUUCUUUCUUUAAAGAAGCUGACAGAUUUGAGGAUCACUGAUAUGUCUGGACCAGAGUCUAAUUUACCCAACAUCCCCCCCAGAGUGAAGAAAUUGGUUUUGCGAAACAUCAGUUUAACUGGUGUGAUCCCAACAGAUGUGUGGACAUCGGAUUCUCUGAAAACGCUGGAUUUAACUUUCAACAAGUUGGAAGGAGGAAUUCCUGGAGAUGCAAAAUCAUAUGAUUUUAUGUUUUUAAGUGGAAACGAGCUGACUGGAAGUGUCCCAAACUCAUUUAUCAACUCAGGCAACAAAAUUGAUCUUUCCUACAAUAACUUUUCACGGCUGCCAAGCUGUCAAGAUGCCCAGGAUAUAAACACGUACAGGAGUUCAUUCAUCAAGAAUAACUUAAGGGGACUUCUUCCAUGCUCAGACAUGCUUGAGUGCCCCAAAAGUUAUCGUUCAUUCCAUGUAAACUGUGGUGGACCGGAUGAAACCAGUGGGAGUAUCUUGUAUGAAGGUGACGAAAGCAUUAAAGGUGAUGCUGCUACGAUUUAUUCCAAUAAAAAAUCAAACUGGGGAUUCAGCAACACUGGAGAUUUUAUGGAUGAUGAAGCUAAAAGCCCCGGAUUUAUACUUCGUUCAAACUACUCGACUGAACCGUUGUUUUCUACAGCACGCAGAGCUGCCAUCUCUCUCACUUAUUAUGGAUAUUGUCUAGAAAAUGGGACGUACACUGUUAAACUCGACUUUGCUGAGAUACAAUUCACAGGUGACGAAUUGCACAAAAGAGUUGGAAAACGCUUUUUUGACAUUUAUAUUCAGGGGAAACUAGAGGAAGAAGAUUUUAAUAUUGAGGAGGCUGCUAAUGGAUCUUACAAAACUUCUAGAGUAUUCAAUGCCAUUGUGACAGACACUACCUUGGAGAUCCGUUUAUACUGGAAUGGAAAAGGGACUACUUGUAUUCCAAAAAGAGGAAAUUACGGUCCUCUUAUUUCUGCAAUAACUGUAUGCUCAGGCCAGACAACAUAUUGUCCAGAACCUGGAGAAGCAAGUAAAAUACCUAUCGUGGUUGGAGUUGUCACUUCAGCCUUACUCCUUGUUUUCUUGGUAAUGGGUGUCAUUUGUUGGAAAUUCUAUUUUAGAGACAAGUUCAUGAGAGAACGAGAUCUCAAGGGGCUAGAUCUGAAAACUGGUUCCUUCACUUUGAGGCAGCUGAGAGCUGCCACUAACAAUUUUGAUUCUGCUGAAAAAAUUGGAGAAGGUGGAUUUGGCUCCGUGUACAAGGGUAAAUUGUCAGAUGGAACUCUCAUUGCUGUUAAGCAGCUAUCUCCUAAAUCCAGGCAAGGAAACCGAGAAUUUGUGAAUGAAAUAGGCAUGAUAUCUGGUUUACAGCAUCCCAAUCUUGUAAAGCUUUAUGGAUGCUGUAUUGAAGGAGAUCAGUUGCUUCUGGUGUACGAAUACAUGGAAAACAACUCCCUCGCCAAAGCACUUUUUGCUACAGGUUCAGAAACAAGUUUUCUGAUGCUGGAUUGGCCAACAAGAUAUAAGAUAUGUGUUGGAAUAGCCAGAGGUUUAGCAUUUCUCCAUGAAGAAUCUGCAAUCAGGAUUGUUCACAGAGACAUCAAAGGUACAAAUGUAUUACUGGACAAAGAUCUAAGUGCCAAGAUAUCAGACUUUGGACUAGCUAAGCUCAAUGAAGAGGAGAACACUCACAUUAGCACUCGUGUUGCUGGAACCAUAGGAUAUAUGGCUCCAGAAUAUGCGCUGUGGGGUUAUUUAACAGACAAAGCAGAUGUUUAUAGUUUUGGAGUUGUUGCUUUAGAAAUUGUCAGUGGAAGAAGUAAUUCGAGUUACAGGACAACAAAUGAAUUCGUAUGUCUUCUUGACUGGGCCCAUGGACUGCAAAAAAAGAGAAAUUUAAUGGAGAUAGUGGACCCAAAGCUGCAGUCUGAAUUCAACAAGGAAGAGGCUGAGAGGAUGAUCAAAUUGGCUCUCUUAUGCACCAAUGCAUCUCCAUCUCUAAGGCCUGCAAUGUCAGAAGUGGUGAGCAUGCUUGAAGGACAGACCACCAUCCAGGAGAUGAUCUCAGAUCCUAGCAUUUAUGGUGAUGAUUUACACUCCAAACGUCUCGAAGGCCACUAUCAGCAGGUCAUGGACCAGAGUUUAAACAGCACACAAGACCUCUUUCCUCCAUCUGAUAAAUCAUGGAUUGGAAAUUCCUCUACAUCUGCCCAUGAUCUUUACCCCAUCAAUCCCGAGUCCAUAAAUUUAAACAUCAGUGAAACCUCGUCUUUAAUUGAAUAAAGCCAAAGACAUGCUUGGAGCUUCGUUUGUAAUCAUAUAAUGAUGAUACUGAGGAUCAAUAUUUAGACGUCUACACAACGUCUUGUUGCUUACCAUCCAUCUUGGUAUGCUUAUGGAUUUAUAAUUCUAUAUAAUGUAAACGGUCUAUGGAAUCUAUCUCCGUGGUUGUGAGAAUUCAGAGCCGCAGACACUUUUCCUGGCCAAUGAUUAAUACUUCCGAUUUAUGGGGAUGGAUAUUAUGAAUAUUUUUAAUAAAAUUUAAAUUUAAAG